AUGAGAAGCUCGAUACCCCGUGAAGGAGAUGACUCCCUAUAUAUUAGGCUCAAUUUCAUUACCAGCCUCGCUAAUCUGAAAGGCGUGACUGGCCCAAGAACGGUUAGACGCUCGCGAAAGGUCUUAAAAGCACUUACCCCGGUCCUAUACAGGACUCCGUCAACAGUAAUAUUAGGUAGAGGGUUUUCCGUCAGAUUGAUGUUGUGGCAAGUACCUCCCUGGCAGUUCGCCGCAGCAGCCAGGAAGAAUAACGUUGGAUCUUUCACCGCCAAGUCAGGAAUACAUUUGACGAUACCCCUGCUUGGGACGGACUUUGCAUACGACGACAUGGGGCAGGCGAUGGAGCGCAAUUGCGGCUUCCUGUCUAUAGACGGAACUGAUCUACUGACUUUGUCGGUCAUAUCAAGUUUCUUGUUGAUAGUAGACAGCAAUCAGGCCAACCUACUUAUAGAUGAAAUCGAUGCGUUCUCUGCAAAGCAGUCGUUUCGAUUUGCGGUGAUCCAAGCCCACAAUUCGACGGUUGGGACCGAUGCGAAGACUCUGGCAUCAUGGCAGAGAAUUUGCCGUUGCAUGAAUAUAAUCCCGAUACAUAAUGAACGCCGUAACGCGCAACAGUCGAGCCGGACAGGCGGUCACUUGGAAAUUUUCCAUACGUUGGAAGAAUUGUGCACAUAUACAAUUGAGAAUAGGAAGUAUUUCUUGAAAGCAUAA